AUGGAAGCGGCCGCAGAGGCGGGGCUGCUGGUCUGCGAGCGGCUCCACGCGCGUCACGACCCGCGCUGGCUCCUGUUGCUGCCCCCGCCGCUCUGCCUGGCCUGCGUCAUCGAGACGCUGGGGGACGGCAGCGCCUCGCUGGUGCGCAAGAAGCAUGUGCUGUCUUGCUUCCGUGAUGUCCUGGCCUGGCAUGCCGUGCCAGUCAUUCAGCUGCUGGCACAGGAUGAAAGGGUGUGUGUUCAUUUCAUAGGAACCCUCUUUGGGAUGUUGCAUAUAGCAGAAGACAGCAGUGCACUGGAUCUGUCCACUGAAGUUCUGGUGGGACUUGUGGCGGAGCUGAAGUUGGAGCAGUAUGUACACUGUGUGUUGGAUGAAAGCCAGAAAGAGCUAUCUAAGGCAGCCACCAUGAGAGGGAGCCUGCCUAUGUUUAAUCUCCUGGGCAAACUGGCAGAUGCCAUCCCGGGCUUAGCUGAUAUAUUGGUGAUUGAACACGGUAACUUAAUGGAACACCUGCUGGCAGGCUUGAUGUACCCCAACGAGGGUGUAAAGGCUGCUGUCUGCUAUCUUUACGGCAAGCUGUACUCUUCCCCCAUUAGUUCAGAAAGGCUCUCAGUGCACUUCACAGAGAGGCUGUGUGACCUCUUCCUGGCUACCCUAGGGAAUGCACAGACAAAGGAACUGCAGGUUAACUGCAUGGGUUUGCUAAAGGAGCUGCUGAAUUCUGACCAUUUUGUAUCAGUUAUUAUGAGCAAUUCAAGAAGAGGGGCAGAUUCUGAGAAUACUGAGUUGAUGGAGGGAGAGAACCCACUGCCGCUAGUGCUCAAAAAGCUGUUGCUGUCCAGAGAUGAGAUGCUACAGGUGGCAAGUGUUCAAUGUAUGACUGCUGUGCUUGUGCAUUCUCCUAUCAAAUAUGCUCCUGCCUUCAUUCAUGCAGACAUCCCAGAAUUCCUGUUUGAGUGUCUCUUCUGCACCAGUGAAAUUCUCCUCUGGUCGGUUUAUUGCUGCCUGCUGCUCCUAACUGAGGAGCGGCUUUUCUUUGCCAAGUGUCACACAGUCUAUGGCAUCGAGUCCGUGGUGAGGAGCCUGAAAGGGAUCCUGCAACUGAAUAAUGUGGAGCUGCACAAGCAGGGACUUUUGCUGUUCACUGAAAUACUGAAACGGCAGCCAGUGGAAAUCAAGUUAUUCACAAAUCUAGCCAUGUGUAAAGAUGCCAUUGGUGUUCUUGUGGAGGCAGUAAAAUGUCCGGUGCUGGAGGUAGCAGCAGAGGCUGUGAAAGCUGUGGCAGCUAUUCUGAGGAAGGACCACUUGAGCUGCCCCCCAGUGCAGUAUGUAGAGUUGCAGAAACUGAUUGAGACUAUGCUGAAGCGGUGCGCUGACCUCUCACUGCCACCCAUUAACAAGAGGCCUGCAAGUCACCUGGGGCACAGCACUCAGAACAAAGCGGUUUUGCGACAGGGGCAGUUCCUGCUCAGCACUGUGGAAGGCUUCAGAAAUGCUUGUAGGUUAGCUGUGGAAUGUCAAAGCGACCCCUUGGCUCAGGAAAACGUUUUCACCGCUCCCAGCUCGGAGAGCGAGAAUACUCUGAGCAGCUUCUCUGAGUUUCUGCUGAGGAUUUGCGACAGCCUUUGCAUCCCCAUAGUCCUGAAGCACUCAGAAAGGACUUCCAGCCCAGCUCUGAUGGAGGUUUUCAUAUCCUCCCUCAGCACCCUGUUCACUGUUGUGCCGAGCAUGCAUGAGAAAUUCUCUAGGAAGCUGGCAUCCUCUUCUUUCAUCCGACUGGCACUGGAGCUGAAGGCCAAAUUCUGCACUGGACAAAGUAACCCUGCUUUGAAUCAAGCCUGUUCCAGCUUCCUCUACAGCAUGUGCCUCAGCCUUCAUUCAGCUGCAGAGAAGAUGGAGGACUCUUCCCAGCAGGAGCGAGAGAUGUCUGAGCUUCUGCAGAGGAGUCUGCCCCAGUUAAACUGCAGUGUGCCUGAAAGCCUCACCCUCCUGUCAGAAACCCCUGAUCCCUUCUGUGCAGAUGAAGCUCUUCGUAGCCACCAGUAUUGCCUCCUGCUCCUCUUGUACUGUGCCUAUGCCCUGGAAGACAGGUUUGUUCCAGAGGCAGAAUUAUUCUCAGCCAUAAGAAAUUUCCUUCUGUCAGUGCAGGACCAGGGAGACUGUCCCCCUUCUUACGUCUUCAGAGCCGUUCUUUACCUUCUGGCUGUCUGUCAAGACAAAGGCGAAGCCUUAGACUCGAGUCCACUAUGUGCCAUAAGGAGAGUCUUGGAGAAUACAUCAGAUCUGAGCUUGGUCUAUAUUCAUCAUCCUCUUCUGCUUAAAUUCUUCCUGCGUUACUCUGAGCUUAUGGGCAGAUUCGGUCGCCGGAUCCUCCAGCUCUGGUUUUCCUGGGAAGACUACAGUCAGAUUGAGACUGAAGAUGCUGUCUCUGGGCUCUCCUCUGGCUUGCUUGAUUAUCCAAACAGCUUUACCACUUUGCUUCACAUCCUGAAGGGCAAUUCCAGUGUUUUACUCAUUUUACUGGACCUGGUCUGCUUGAGCACCACAGAAGUGGCUCACAAAGUUUUGAUGACCUUGAGUAUAUUCCUGAAAAGAAACGAGGAUGUUGUUGUCUGUGACCUCCUUCGGAGUCAGUUUCUACAGAUCCUGCAGAAGCUUCUAGUGGAGAGCAGCUCCACUACAUUACAAGCUAGCAAGAACCUGCCUCUGUUGCUGAGACUUCUCUUCCUGGUGCAGCUGAGGAAUGAGGCUGAGAGAGAGCUGGACAGCACAGACUUCAAGCUGCUUCACCAUGUCAGUAACCUCUGUGGGAAAUGCAGACCAGGAGAUGUUGAGCUGCUGCAGCCUUCCUUGAACUUCCUGUAUUGGAGCCUUCACCAGACAACAACAUGUAGUCAACAGAGAGUGGUGGCUGUACUGCUCUCUAGUGUGCCUUUGUUGGAGUUGCUCCAGAAGGUUUUGGAGCUCACCUGGAUGUGGCCCUGUCGCUCUGGACCUGCUUUAUCUUCAUCCGAAGAGGCACUUCUCUGCUCUGCUUGGCUGCUGACUGCUUCCCUCUUAGCUCAUCAGCAUCGUUACAACUCUGAGGUUCACCAGACGAUCUCUCUGGAUGUAGAAAAGGUCCUGAAUGCCGUUAUCUUCAGAAGGAAGAAGCCUGCACUGCUCUUAGUUGUGUGUGCAGUCAGUAUCCUUCAGUUCCUGCGAGCCAUCCUCAGACAGAACUUCUCUUCCUCCCUGCUGGUGCUCGUAGUCCAGCCUACAGCCCAAAGCAGGAUGGAGCCAUCAUUGUCAGAGGACGAUGCCACCCUGUAUCCACUGGCCACGUGGCAGGUGCUCUCGCUUGUUGUCAGUCUGCAGAACCUUCUGGUCCAGAAAGACCUAUUGCUGUCUCAGACUGUUGUUGCCUGCCUGGAGGUCUUGAUGGAGUACCUGCAUAAGAGGAACCAGGGCAUCGGUAAACCUGCCCAGUCCUUGCUCAUUUGGGCCUCAAUCCUACUGAGCCUUCUGGCCCUGAUCCAACAAGCACAUGUCUGA